AUGGAUGUAGCCGAGGAAGACGGAGAUGCAAGGCUGGCGCUCGAGCAGUGGCAGAGGAAAGUAGAGUCAUCACUUUUCUUGAUUAUGCGGAUGAUGCACCAUCACGUCGACACCGAACUUGUGCGUAUGCGCCGAGAAACCAGCAUCGCGGCCUCGAUCCCAUCUGCCAUUGUCAUUAGAGAUGGUCUGAGGGAUUGGCAGAGGCAGGAUGGCCUGCAAGUUUUUCUCAAGAAAAACGAGCUCGACUCUAUGGCUAGGAAUAUUAUGCCAUUCUGUGAUGCCGUGUUGGGUCAGAGAGUGGGAUCUAGCAAGCAACUUAUUCUCAAUCGGAUCGAGUGCUCUCUCGGAGCCAACGUCGAGAUCAUGAAGAAGGAUGUACGGGAUCUAGGCAGGAAGUUACGCCAUAGGACCCCGCAGACCUUUGGCCUCUUAACAUGCAAAGACAAAGAUUCAUACCGGCAUCCCAAUCGCCAAGGUCGAACGCCAAGGAAGGACUAUAUCAUGCAGCACGACAUUUUCAGUCUUGGGGUAUGCCUGCUCGAGAUUGGGUUGUGGCGGUCCUUCGUCAGCUAUGAUUCGGAUUGCGGACAUCCAAUUCCGUUGGAGGGUUUAGGCCUUAUCCGCGAUGCUGUCCGCGUAGAAUCCGAAGCAACCUUGAAGGAGAAACUUAUGGAGAUGGCCCACAACGAAUUGCCAGCAUACAUGGGGCCAAGGUUCUAUUCCGCGGCGGCGACAAAGGCCAAGGUGCCCACGAAGAGGUUGGACGAGUGCAUGGUGAACGAGGGACAAGAACCACUGAAAGAAACGAGCGACAGAGGAUGA